AUGUCUGUCUUGCCUCAGUGCCACCCGAAAACUGGAAACGGUAUAGGAAUAGUCAUUGGAAGCACUCCGUUUGACCUUCAUGUUGUACCACUUACUAGCCAAGCGCUUUCACGGCCUGAGAAGCGCGCUCUCAUGCUGGCUGAUGUUAACUGUUAAGGAGACUUCGACGAUUCUACCUGCAUGCGUGCCGGCAACCUGAUGACAGCACUGGCACGUGGUCCAUCGGCGUCCAAUGUUGUCAACACCUCUCUAGCGCCGCGUCGCAGAGCCACUCGCUUGCUCGCUCGCGCGAUUCUACCCGCGUGCGUGCCGCUUGAAGAACUCGAAUUGGCCGUGGGUGAUUUGGUAGCACCAAUCGAUCGGCAGAAUUUCAUGGAUCUUAUCACUUUGUCAGAGGCGAUUAAGAAGGUGACGGAACUUAUUGUGGCGCCAUGA